AACUCCUCGCGGCCCACGCUCCUGCGCACGUUAGUCAACUUCCAAUUACUUUGCGCCUACCUUCGUUCUCCAUAUAGGCCGCUGGCCUUCCACACGCGCUUUUAGUACUUGUGAUGCCUACGUUUUUGCCACUGCCACUGCCAUUGCCAUGCAUGAAACCCUGGAGUUUUCGUUUCAAUCUGCCCCCCUCUCUCUGUCUUCGUAUCAUCCUUAAUUUGAGGGUUUCUUCUUGAUUCUGAAUUCAGUGUUUUCAGUUCCAAAGUUUGCAACUUUGAAGCUUCAACUGCAAAAACAAGUCUUUCUUGUAUCUAGCACAAAAGGUUCUUUAAAAAUAUCAUCUUCAACUGUCAAUUUGGGGUUUUAGUCAUCAAUUACAUUUUCUUUGGAUCUUUGAUUAGGUUUAGGCUUCUCUUUUAGCUGCAUAUUCUUGAUUCUUGAUUCUUGAUUGAGACGUUUGCAGAUCAAAAAUCUUUCUUUGUUAUUCUCCAUUUCAACUGCAUAUGCAAAGGCCAAAGUUUUUUUUUUUUUUUAAUAUAAAGAAUAGACUAAUCCAGGGUUUUGGUUUUUGGUUUUUGCGAUCGUAUAUUCGGAUAGAAGCUGUAUAUCAGCUUGACUUGACUGAGAAACUAAGAAAUCGGAAGUCAAAAUUUUCAGUUUUCUUGGUUGAUUUUUAUUUGAAAUGGAAGGAAAGAGCUCAUUGAGAUUCACUCUUGGGAAGCAAUCAUCUUUAGCACCAGACCGGCACCCGGAGGAUUCAGGUGCGGAACAUGAAGAAUUGGAAGAGAUCGAUCCCGGUGUGCGGCUAAUGUACUCCGCCAAUGAGGGCAAUUUGGAUGGGAUUCGUGAACUCUUGAAUUCGGCAAUUGAUGUUAAUUUCCGUGACAUCGAUAACCGUACCGCGCUACAUGUUGCUGCUUGCCAAGGCUAUGCGAACGUGGUCGCUCUAUUGCUUGAUAACGGGGCCGAGGUGGACACCAAAGAUAGAUGGGGGAGCACGCCUCUUGCAGAUGCUAUAUACUAUAAAAACCAUGAUGUGAUCAAACUUUUGGAGAAACGUGGUGCAAAGCCUCUGAUGGCCCCCAUGCGCGUCAAUCAUGCACUUGAAGUCCCAGAAUAUGAAAUUAAUCCUGAGGAGCUCGAUUUUACUAACAGUGUAGAAAUAACCAAGGGAACUUUUCGUCUAGCAUCAUGGCGUGGAAUUCAAGUGGCUGUUAAAAGGCUGGGGGAGGAUGUGAUUUCUGAUGAGGAGAAAGUGAAAGCAUUCAGAGAUGAGCUUUCAUUGCUUCAGAAGAUACGACAUCCAAAUGUGGUGCAAUUUCUGGGUGCUGUUACCCAAAGUAGUCCUAUGAUGAUUGUGACAGAGUAUCUACCCAAGGGAGAUCUUUGUGCAUUCUUGAAAAGAAAAAGAGCAUUAAGAACAGCAACAGCUGUGAGGUUUGCACUUGAUAUUGCAAGGGGAUUGAAUUAUUUGCAUGAGAACAAACCACCAAUAAUUCAUCGUGAUCUUGAGCCUUCAAACGUAUUACGGGAUGAUUCUGGACAUCUCAAAGUUGCAGAUUUUGGAGUUAGUAAGUUGCUUACAGUUAAAGAAGACAAGCCUCUAACUUGUCAAGACACUUCUUGUCGAUAUGUGGCCCCAGAGGUUUUCAAAAAUGAAGAAUAUGAUACCAAAGUGGAUGUCUUUUCCUUUGCUUUAAUUUUACAGGAGAUGAUUGAAGGCUGUCCCCCAUUUUCUGCAAAGCAAGAACGUGAAGUUCCAAAAUCAUAUGCUGCAAAAGAGCGUCCACCAUUUAGAGCUCCAACAAAGCGCUAUUCCCACGGACUUAAAGAGUUGAUUCAGGAGUGUUGGAAUGAGAAUCCAUCUAAGCGACCAACUUUCAGGCAAAUAAUAACAAAACUGGAGUCAAUUUAUAACAGUAUUGGUCAUAAGAAGCGCUGGAAGGUUAGACCAUUAAAAUGCUUUCAGAAUCUGGAGGCCAUGUUGAAGAAAGAUCUUAGUCUAACUGGCCACAGCCGUUCUUCACGCUCCACCAACAGCAUGUGAAUAGGCAAGGAUUAGUUUUUCUAGUUGGUAACUUUUCUGCAUUCAGAGUUUGUGCCUUUUGUAUGCAAGUAAAAAGGAUUCUUCUAUAGCUCAGUGCAUAGAUUUCUUCUGUGUAAUUCCACCUGUUAUCAAAUUUGAAUUCUUCCAUAUGUAUAACUCUUUCUAUUAGUAAGAUCUGCUGAGUGCUUUUUGUC